AGUUUCAAACCGUCCAGCGGGUGUAGCUGAAGCUGCAGUAGCUGAAGCCUCGUUUUUAAACUUUUAGCUGUUUUUUAUAUACGUUUAUAAAGGAUGUCGUUUUCAAGAGCUCCUCUGAAAAGAUUCAAUGAGCACAUGGGCUGUGCUCCUCCACCUGGUACCUACGAGCUGAAAGGUGGGGAUGUGAAGGGACCUGCGUCCUUCCAUAAGUCAGAGCGCUUCAAGGUCCCGUCUAAAUCCACAGAGUUGCCUCCACCACCUUCGAAAGAUGUGCCGAUGUCUCCAGUGCGAAGAACCAUGUCUGUGGAUGGACUGGAUAGCAGCUCCAAAAAGGACAAAAGCAGUGUCCAAACUGAGAUGAAACAUCAAAAACUUCUGGAAAAAGAGAUCCGGACGUUGAUUCAGCAGAGAGGGGAACAGGACCGCAGGCUCCUGACUAUGGAGGAAGAGCUUAAAAAGUUGGAGGCUAAACUACUUGCUGCUGUCAGAGAGAAAACUGGCCUCGCAGCCAAUGUAGCUUCUCUCGAAAGACAACUUGCUGAACUGAAGAAAACAAACGAGUUCCUGAAGUCUAAGGUCUCUACAGACACUACAAAGAAGAAAAUCAAUUCUCUGUCAAUGGAGUUGAUGGAGGCAAGAAAUAAACUAGACGCUAAAGACAAGGAGCUGAGUUUUUUGAAAAUCAGUUCAGAAGGCAAAGUAAAGGUGCUGGAGACAGAUCUUGAAGCCUCAAGAGCAACCCUUAAAGCUCUUCAGGAGAGGAACAAAGACCUUGAGGACCUUCAUGAAGAGACAAAAGCUCAGAAUGAGGAGAUUGAGAAAGAAAUGGAUAAGCUGCACACUGUCAUACAGGAGCUGAGGGAGGAAAUCAAGGCUCUUCAAAGUUAUCUUGAUGCUGCAAAUGAAGAGAUUCUGGAUUUGAAGGGUAAGCUGCAAGACAAAUCUGCUAUGGAGCGACGGGUCUCUGACUCUCAAGACAAACUCGGUGAGGUGGAGCAGAAGUUGAAGAAGCGAACUGCAGAGUUACAGUAUUCCCAGAGCGCCCUCAUGGAGAAGGAACAGGAGCUGCAGAAGUGCCAGCAGGAGCUUCAGGAGACCCAGACCGCUCUCUCAGAAAGGGAGAGGGAGCUGAAGCAGCACGAGAGUGAAAGUGAGGUUUCCAAGUCUGCAAUGAGAGAGCUAGAGGAGAAGAUCCAGCAGGGAGUGCAGGAGCUUCAGGACUCCCAGAUCACAGUCAGGCAGCAGGAGCAGGAGCUGGCACGCAUCCGGGAGGUGUUGAGGAGGACGGAGGAGGAGCUGGACCAGCGCGUGGCUCUUAUGGGUGAGCGCUGCCUGACCCUGGAGGGUGAAAGAGCCAGGACACAAGAGGAAGGUCUAAGGAGGGUGCAGGAGUUGCUGUCCAAUAUUAGCGCCCUGGAGGAGAGUAGGAAGACUGACAGAGAAGCCAAUGAUGAGUUAAAACAGCAACUGUCUACCCUUACUAAACAGCUAGAGGAGGAAAAGACCCGCAGUGACUCCCUGAGCAGCGAGCUGGCACAGGAACAUCAGGUGACAGAAACCGAGAGGAAGCAGCUGGAGGAGGAGCUGGAAGAGGUGCUGGAGGAGCUGUCUGUACUGGAGCAGCAGGAGCGGCUGCAGGAGGAGGCCAUCCAGUGUCUGACCGGAGAGAAGAGCGCUCUCGGAGAUGAACUGAUCAGCGCUCGUACAGAGCUGGAGAGGAGGAACCUGGAAAUAAAGACUCUAAAAGAGACUCAUGAGGAGUGUCUAAAGAAACUUCAGGAGGAACACAGCAGCUGCCUGGGCAAGAUUGGUGAAAUGGCGGCUGAGCUAGAGGGUUCCAGGCAGAGUUUAAGUGUACAGAGGGAGCAGGCUGAGACCCAUGCUCAGCAGCUGGAGGAGAAAGUGAGAACGGUCAGCCAGCAGCUGCAGGAGCAGCAGGAGAAAAUCCUUCAGCAUCAACACAAGGAGCGGGAGGAGUACGCCAGGAUGUUACUAGAAGUGCAGACCAAGCUGGCUCAGAGUGAAGAGGAGCUGAAGAAAGUUGUGGAGGCUCACAUCACUGAGCAGAAACGUCUGCAGGGAGAGACUGAGCAGGAGCGUAAGGAGAAAGAGCAGGUCCUGGCUGAGCUGGAGCAGACCCGUCAGAGGAGGAGGGAGUCAGCGGAGGGCCGGGUUCAGGAGGCACAGGUCCUAAAGGACAGGGUGGGGACGCUGCAGAAGGAGGUGGCUGAGCAGUGCAGGCUGCUGGAGCAGAAGGAGGCCUGUCUGCAGAGCUGCACACAGGAGUGGCAGCAGGAGAGAGAGCAUCUUCAUCUGCAGAUGGAGCAGGAGCGACUCAAUUUCACCAAGCAGCUCUCAGAAGCACAGCAAAGCACUUCUAAUGAAGAACUGGAGCACUGGAAAAGCUUGUAUGAAAAACUUUACUCCAAAGUUAAACCCUUUCAGGAGCAGCUGGACGGCUUCGCGGCGGAGAGGGAUGCCCUGCUCAACGAGAAGGGGGCCACUCAGGCGGAGCUGAGUAAACUGGCUGGCGCCUACGCCAAUCUGCUGGGCCAUCAGAACCAGAGGCAGAAGAUUAAGCACAUGGUCAAACUGAAGGAGGAGAAUUUGGAGCUCAAACAGGAAGUGGCUAAACUGAGAUCACAGGUUGGCAAACAGAGGCGGGAGCUGGAGCAGCAGAAGUCCAGUCAGGCCCCACGCAAGUUUGAUCCCAGCAAAGCUUUCAAACACGAGCUGAAGGAGAACCAGCAGCCUAUGGCAGGUCUGAGAUAGUGGGUGAAUGUAGAAAGGGCUAAGGUUAUCAUCUGUUGAACUUCUGAUGUUCUGGGCUGUGUGUGUUAUUCAGUGGACAAUGCCUUAUCUGGAUAUGUGCUCCUGCUCAGAAUGAGCAUUACUGAGCACCUGACGAUGUGUAUUUUAUUUAGACCUGAGAGGAAGGAGGGUGGCCAAAACUACUGAAAAUAAUAAAGUAUACAAGCAUAAGUCACAUAUUCUGGAAGUAUUUCCUGUUUUACACAGGUGUUCUGGUUUAGGGCUUUAGCAUUUGAAAAAUAUACAUUUUAGAAUUGCAUCGAUUGGAGUGGGAUUUUAUUUUAUUAUAUUGUAUCAAUUUUGUUCUCUUGGAACUAAAUUACAAAACUUGUUUUAAAAAAUAUAUUAAAAAUGUGCCUCUGUGGUCUAUGGUCCAUACAGCUCGAAGCAGCUUGUUUUUUUUGUUUGUUUUUUUUUAAAUCCUUCUGUAUUAUUAUAUUCACUAAAGUUGUGCUUUUGGUUUUUAAUCUGUUCCAAAUCUUAAUUCCAGAUUAGCACUGUCACACACUCUAGUCUGGCUAACUUCUAAUUUUCUCUUCUAAAUGUGUUGUCUAUAUAAUGUGAUUUUAAAAUAUUAGUGCACCUCAAAAAAGAAUAUUAUUGAAAAGUUACUGUAUUUCAGUAAUUCAGUUUAAAAUGUGAAACUCAUAUAUUAUAUAGAUGUAUUACACACAGAGUGAUCUAUUUUAAGCAUUUAUUUAUUUUAUUGUUGAUGAUUGAGAGUCAUGUCAUCUGCUGGUGUUGUUAUAUCAAGUCCAAAGUCAGUGCAGUGUUUCCCCAAAAAAAUUUACAACACUUGAUGCCUCACUCUGCUGACAACUUUUAUGGAGAUGCGGAUUUCAUUUUCCAGCAGGACUUGGCACACUGCAAAAAGUACCAGUUGGUCUUCUAUAAUAUUUUCUGUUUUUUGGAGUUUUACUGGCUGUAAGCCAUAAUCAUAAACAAUAAAAUAAAAAAAUGUAUAUAUGAGUUACACAUUUUGAACUGAAUUAUUGAAAUAAAGUAACUUUUCAAUGAUAUUCUGUUUUUUUGAGAUGCAUUUGUAUUUUGAAUUUGUCAUGGGCUUAAUCUGUAUACUAGUACAGAUUAAAUCAAUAUUUCUUUCUAGUGCAGUGGUGUUAAUUUCUCACUAAAGCCAUCACACACAAUUCAGUCUAAUAUUUAAAAGUAUGUAGAAGACAAAAAUGACUUUCUAUUUGUUUGUUUUUGUUUCUAUGUGUGUUUGUUUUAUUUGUAUGUGUUUGUUUUUUAAAACUAUUAAUAAAUAUAAAUUCCCUGUCAAA